GCGACCUGGGGCGCGUGGACACUGCUCCAAGUCGCGCUCUACAGGCUCGCCGGCCCCCCGAUGCCGCUCACCUGCCACGGGUCCGAGUCCGCCUUCCUCUCGAGAGGCCUCCGGCCAGGCGACGUCGCGGAGACUGUCGGGACGCCAGAGGAUACCAGACCAUCGAGCUUCGCAUGCGCCGAUCAGAAGAUUUGCUGCGGCACAGUCAACGUUCUGUCGCGGGACGUCGCGUCCAAGGGCGUCUCCUCCAUCCAUCGGGGCUCCGUUGCUCGGCGCCAGCCGACCCAGAACGUCGUCGACCUCGACUGCGCGGGCAUGCCAUACCUGAACAUGGCUUUCGGCUCUGGUAUGUUUGUUUACUUAUUCGAGGAUGGUUCUUUGCAGGGGUGCCUUCUCAGCGGUUUCGUGCACGCCGUGUCGACGCGCCUUUUUGCAGAGAGGAUGCGACUCGCCGUCGUCCUCAAAGGGUUUGGCACCGCGCGCAUCUACGCGGGCGAUGCGAUGGUCGAGUCGGUCGGGGGUUGUCUGCAGGCGCUCGCCCCCGAGUGGGCCCAGUUCGCCAUCGCGAAGGCUCCGACCUACCUUGGGUAUCUCAUGGGCCCCAACGUCGCAGACGAGAU